AAAUAAAGUGAAAAUAAAAAAAUGCCCCCCUCAAAAAAACAACAACACAUGCUUGAUCAACCUGUGUAGCAGCAUGGCUUUGUAAUGACUGGAGUUGACAUUAAAGUAUCUCUACCUCUGUUCUGAAGGACAGAAGCCUCGAGGACACAAAGAAGACACAACCAGACUGAGCUGAUUAAAUAUCAGAACAAACAUCUCCAUUAUGUCAGACAAAAAGGACCCGAUUCCAGAGACAAGGGUGCGGAAGCUGAAGAAAGAUGGAAGCUGGAUCCGCAAAGAAGAUGACAGCACCACCAGCAAACCAGUAGCACCGGAAAGCAACCCUCUGGUGAAACAAAAUUCCUUUGUUCUGACGGCAGUUAAAAGAUAUGAGCCUAAAGAACCUACGAAGCAUCUUGUUACUCUUCCGGGUGAAAAAAACAAAACAGGCAAUGUGAAGACAUCUCCUUUAGUAGAUUCUGCAUCACUUCCGAAGCGAGUUUCAAAUGCCAAGAUCAAACAGAAGGAGCUUGCAGCAAAUGAAGUCCAACCUCUUAAUGAUACUGGUGUUGAAAAAGGAAUCAUGUCAACACCUGAGAAAGCCACUGAUUUAAGGUUGACGCAAAACACAGAUAAUACUAAACCUGUGCCACCUGGAGACACUGAUAAUCAGAUUGCUCUUUCAAAACAAGAUCAAAAGGGAAUAAUUAAAGAUACUGCUGAUGUUAAAACAAAGUCAUUGCCUAAGGCUGUUAAUGUGGAAACAGUAACAAAUGAGACAUCUCUACCCAACACCCAACAACCAGUCGUUGGUGGUCUUUCUGAGGUUCCAGCCGUCAAAGCUGAUAUUAAAAUUACAGAGAGUUCAGAGGAUCUUGCACCCCUUCCAGAGCCAUCAACAGUGAUCAGAGCUGAAAGAGUAGCUGUGUGUACACCAGGAGAUAAAACAACUGCCCCAAACAGUGAAGAAUCAUGUUCUCAAGGUCUUUCCAAAACACCCACUGGCAAAGCUGCCAUUACAUCUGGAGAGAGUGAAGAGAAACCUGUAGCAUUGCCAGAGCCAGUUUCGGUAGUCAAAGCUAAGAGUGAAGUCCAACUGGCUGAUGAUGCUCCUGUUGGCCAAGGUGUUGAGUCAACCCCUGAGCAGGCUUCAGAACACACAAAGACUGUAGUACAUCUUGAACCAUCUCCAAAUACUGAUACUCAGACAUCUUCAGAACAAGAGUUAAAUAAAAUAGCUAAAGCUACUGCAGAGGUUAAAGAAGGUUCAUCACCCGAAGUCCCUUCUGCUAACAUAGCAACAGAAACAGAUGAGACAUCUCUACCAAAUAAUAUGCCAUCAGUUCUGAGUGGUCUGCCUGUGGUUCCAUCUGCUAUAGCUGAUUUCAAAUCUGCAGACAGUCAAGAAGACCCUUCACCAUUUCCAGAGCCCUUUAUAGUGGUUAGAGCAGAAAAGGUAGAUGUGUCUCCUGUGAAAGAUGAAAACACUUUCCUUGACAAUGGCAAACUAGUCAGUAACAACUCCUCUCAGUCACCUGCUCCUGAAGCUCUUCUCAAAUUGACAAAAACUAAAGAGGACUCUGCAGCAACACAAGAGCCAUCUGAAAGUGAAGUCCAAUCUAUCAAAGGUGGUGUUGUUGAACAAAUGAAUGAGCCUGCACAUCAGUGUACUGGAUAUGGUAACCGAGAACUGACUAGAAAGGAAAAUGUCGAACCUUUAUUAUCUGCUGACAAUAAUAAUCAGACGAUUCCUUCAGAUCAAGAUGCAAAUAAAGUAGCUAAAUCUAUUGGAGGGAUUGAAGUGGAGUCAUCACCAGAGAUCCUUUCUGCUAAGAAAGAAACAGUAACAAAUGAAACAUCUCCAUCUAAGAGUAUGCCAUCAGUUCCGAGUGGUCUGUCUGAGGCUCCACCUGUCAAAGUUGAUGUCAAACCUGCAAAUCCUGAGACUCCUGCACCCCUUUCAGAGCCAACAACAAUGAUCAGAGCUGAAAUAGCAACUGGGUGUGUACCAGAAGAUAAAACAACUCCACCUAAAAGUGAACAACCACUUUCUCAAGAUCUUUCCAAAACUCCAACUGACAAAGCUGCUAUUACAUCUAGGAAGAGUGAAGAGAAGCCUGUAGCGUUGCCAGAGCUGCUUCCAGCACUCAAAGCUAAGAGUGAUGAGGAAUUGGCUGAUGAUGCUCCUGUUGGACCAAGUGUUGUGUCAACACCUGAACAGGUUUCAGAGAACCUACUGAAGAAGCCUGUGAAGAUUGAUUCAUCUCCAAAUACUGAUACUCAGAAAUCUUCAGAACAAGAUGCAAAAAAAGUACCUAAAGCUGCUGGAGACAUUGAAGUGAAGUCAUCACCGGAGGUCCCUUCUACUAAAAAAGAAACAGUAACAAAUGAAACAUCUCCAUCUAAGAGUAUGCCAUCAGUUCCGAGCGGUCUGUCUGAGGCUCCAGCUGUCAAAGUUGAUGUCAAACCUGCAGAAAGUCCAGAGACUCCUGCACCGCUUCCAGGGGCAUCAACAAUGAUCAGAGUUGAAAGAACAACUGGGUUUGUACUAGAACAUAAAACAGCUCCACCUAACAGUGAACAAGCACUUUCUCAAGAUCUUUCCAAAACUCCAACUGACAAAGCUGCCAUUACAUCUAGGAAGAGUGAAGAGAAGCCUGUAGCGUUGCCAGAGCCGCUUCCAGCACUCAAAGCUAAGAGUGAUGAGGAAUUGGCUGAUGAUGCUCCUGUUGAACCAAGUGUUGUGUCAACACCUGAACAGGUUUCAGAGAACCUACUGAAGAAGCCUGUGAAAGUUUAUUCAUCUCCAAAUGCUGAUACUCAGACAUCUUCAGAACAAGAUGCAAAUAAAAUAGCUAAAGCUGCUGGAGAGAUUGAAGUUAAGUCAUCACCGGAGGCCCUUUUUACUAAAAAAGAAACAGUAACAAAUGAAACAUCUCCAUCUAAGAGUGUGCCAUCAGUUCCGAGCGGUCUGUCUGAGGCUCCAGCUGCCAAAGUUAAUGUAAAAUCUGCAGAAAGUCCAGAGACUCCUGCACCGCUUCCAGGGGCAUCAACAAUGAUCAGAGCUGAAAUACCAACUGGGUGUGUACCAGAAAAUAAAACAACUCCACCUAACAGUGAAAAAGCACUUUCUCAAGAUCUUUCCAAAACUCCAACUGACAAAGCUGCCAUUACAUCUAGGAAGAGUGAAGAAAAGCCUGUAGCGUUGCCAGAGCUGCUUCCAGCACUCAAAGCUAAGAGUGAUGAGGAAUUGGCUGAUGAUGCUCCUGUUGAACCAAGUGUUGUGUCAACACCUGAACAGGUUUCAGAGAACCUACUGAAGAAGCCUGUGAAGAUUGAUUCAUCUCCAAAUACUGAUACUCAGAAAUCUUCAGAACAAGAUGCAAAAAAAUUACCUAAAGUUGCUGGAGACAUUGAAGUUAAGUCAUCACCGGAGGUCCCUUCUACUAAAAAAGAAACAGUAACAAAUGAAACAUCUCCAUCUAAGAGUAUGCCAUCAGUUCCGAGUGGUCUGUCUGAGGCUCCAGCUGUCAAAGUUGAUGUCAAACCUGCAGAAAGUCCAGAGACUCCUGCACCGCUUCCAGGGGCAUCAACAAUGAUCAGAGUUGAAAGAACAACUGGGUUUGUACUAGAACAUAAAACAGCUCCACCUAACAGUGAACAAGCACUUUCUCAAGAUCUUUCCAAAACUCCAACUGACAAAGCUGCCAUUACAUCUGGGAAGAGUGAAGAGAAGCCUGUAGCGUUGCCAGAGCCGCUUCCAGCACUCAAAGCUAAGAGUGAUGAGGAAUUGGCUGAUGAUGCUCCUGUUGAACCAAGUGUUGUGUCAACACCUGAACAGGUUUCAGAGAACCUACUGAAGAAGCCUGUGAAAGUUUAUUCAUCUCCAAAUGCUGAUACUCAGACAUCUUCAGAACAAGAUGCAAAUAAAAUAGCUAAAGCUGCUGGAGAGAUUGAAGUUAAGUCAUCACCGGAGGCCCUUUUUACUAAAAAAGAAACAGUAACAAAUGAAACAUCUCCAUCUAAGAGUGUGCCAUCAGUUCCGAGUGGUCUGUCUGAGGCUCCAGCUGCCAAAGUUAAUGUAAAAUCUGCAGAAAGUCCAGAGACUCCUGCACCGCUUCCAGGGGCAUCAACAAUGAUCAGAGCUGAAAUACCAACUGGGUGUGUACCAGAAAAUAAAACAACUCCACCUAACAGUGAAAAAGCACUUUCUCAAGAUCUUUCCAAAACUCCAACUGACAAAGCUGCCAUUACAUCUAGGAAGAGUGAAGAGAAGCCUGUAGCGUUGCCAGAGCUGCUUCCAGCACUCAAAGCUAAGAGUGAUGAGGAAUUGGCUGAUGAUGCUCCUGUUGAACCAAGUGUUGUGUCAACACCUGAACAGGUUUCAGAGAACCUACUGAAGAAGCCUGUGAAGAUUGAUUCAUCUCCAAAUACUGAUACUCAGAAAUCUUCAGAACAAGAUGCAAAAAAAGUACCUAAAGCUGCUGGAGAGAUUGAAGUUAAGUCCUCACCGGAGGUCCCUUCUACUAAAAAAGAAACAGUAACAAAUGAAACAUCUCCAUCUAAGAGUAUGCCAUCAGUUCCGAGCGGUCUGUCUGAGGCUCCAGCUGUCAAAGUUGAUGUCAAACCUGCAGAAAGUCCAGAGACUCCUGCACCCCUGCCAGGGGCAUCAACAAUGAUCAGAGCUGAAAUACCAACUGGGUGUGUACCAGAAGAUAAAAAAACUCCACCUAACAGUGAACAAGCACUUUUUCAAGAUCUUUCCCAAACACCAACUGACAAAGCUGCCAUUACAUCUGGGAAGAGUGAAGAGAAGCCUGUAGCGUUGCCAGAACCAAGUGUUGUGUCAACACCUGAACAGGUUUCAGAGAACCUACUGAAGAAGCCUGUGAAAGUUGAUUCAUCUCCAAAUACUGAUACUCAGACAUCUUCAGAAAAAGAUGUUAAUAAAAUAGCUAAAGCUGCUGGAGAGAUUGAAGUCUCUUCUGUUGACAAAGAAACAGUAACAGAUGAAGCAAUUCCACUUAAGGGAGACCCAGUUCCUGGUCGUCUGUCUGAGGCUCCAGGAGUCAAAACUGAUGUCAAACCUACAGAGAGUCAAGAAGAUCCUGUCAAAACACUAGAAAGCACAGCAGACUUGAAUACAAACAACAUGGUUAAGCCAGUGCCAUCACAAAAUACUAGUACAUCUACCUUUAAACAACAAAUAGAAAAGGUAACUUGUAAAAUUGUUGAAGAGGGUGAAUUUGAGCCAAUCCCUGACAUCCUCACACUUCAUAAAGCAACGCCUGUAAAUGAGACAACUACAUCUAAAAUUGAAAUCCCAGCUACUGAUAGUUGGCGUAAAUCACCUCCUGCUGAAACUUUGGUAAAGGCUGCAGAGCGCGAAGAGGAUUCUGCAGUACCUCCAGAGCAAGUUCCAGCAAUCUGUACUGAGAGCGAUGUCCAUCCUCUCGAUGAUGCUGCUGCUUUUAAUCAAAGUGAUGAGGCAACAUCUGAGCAUGCACCAAAACAGAUGCCUGCUCUGAAGAAAGUUCUAAUUUUGGGCAGUUCUGAGGAUUUGAGGAAGAUUGCAGAGGACCUAAGUUCUACAAAGAACAACUUGAGAUUAUUCAGUAAAAAUGAUAUCUGCACUUACUGCAAUCAAAUCAUUGAUGGAAAAGCCAAGAUUGUUUUUAGUGAACCUUCAGUGAUCUGCCACCCGGAGUGCCUCAAGUGUGGAGUUUGUGUGAAGGACCUGGGGAGUCUCGAGAUCACCAUGUUCUUGCGUGAUGAAACGAUCAUGUGUGUUGACUGCUACAGGAAAGCUUGAGUUUUGAUGGCAGUGAAUGGAAUUAAUUUGAGCAAAGAAUCCAACAAAUAUUUUUAUUACUUUCCUCUUGCCUUUUGUUUCUUUUCUUUUUUUUCAUGUACCAGUUUCCCAUCAUUAAAAGUUUAACCAUGUUGUCAUGAUUAAAAAUUUAGUAAUUAAAAUACUUGUCAGCAGUAAUUACCACAAAUGAUUGAAAUAAAUAUUUGGCAAUCCUAAAACACGUUGUAGUCAUUCAAAUGAAAUUACAAAUAAACUGAGAUUUCAAAGGUUUAAUUUGAAGUAAAUACAAAUGUGCACACAAACACGUGAGCUGGAGACUAGUUAAAGAAACAAAAAGUGCCUCUGUGACUUUUUUUUUUUUAGCUAGUAUCUAAAACCCAUCCGUAGACUGUGGCAUUCAAACAAAUCAGUUAGAGCCUGUGAUAAAUGCACA